UAUCUGUACUCUGAUAGGCUGAAGGUCUUCGGUCCUCUCAUCAUGGGCAUUGGUAUUUUUCUCUUCAUCUGUGCGAACGCUGUCCUUCACGAGAACCGGGACAAGAAGACAAAGGUCAUCAACCUUCGUGACAUUUACUCGACCGUCAUCGACCUCCACAGCCUCCGCCGACCCCACUCCUCCUCCUCCGCCCGCCGUUCCUCCACCAAUCCCCUCAAUGGUCUCAUUAACUACGUCCAAUCAAAGAGCCUGGAGAGUAAACCCAGUUCUUAUCCUGCGUCCCUGAUGAGCAGGAGGGAGGGUGGUGGUGGAGGAGGAGGGGGGGCAUUAUCAAGGCAACAGUUGCUUGGCAGCAGCGGAGGAGGGGACGGGGUCAGUGAUGGGGGAGGAGACUCUGUGUUCAGUAUCUACCAGAAUAUUCCUCCCCCUGACUCCUCCUCCCACAUAUUGCCCCUCCCCACCAGCUUCAGCCCGCUGCCCCCGACCCUGCAGAGGGGGGGGCUAAGCUUCUUCACCUUACCUUUACGCCGCCCACCCCCCGCCACCCCCCGCCGGAGGCACUCAGCCCGGGCCAGGACAGGGGCAGGUGAGGAUGAAUGUCCACCACCCCCACUAAGCUACUCCACCACCCCCUCACCCCUCCAGGAGGCGCCGUUAGCAGCUUCCUGCAGUUCCUCCAGCCUCCACAGGGGGGUGCCAGGAGGCUCCCAGGCCCUCCUCCUCUCCUUCUCCUCCCUUACCCCCUCCCACCUGUCUCUUUCCUCCCUGUCUAACCUCCUCUCCCCCUCCUCCCUCUCGAUGAAAGACCCCCCUUGCAGGAGGCAGAGCCUGCCGACCGGCAGCGUCACCAUUGGUUACAGUAAACUGACACACGGCGAGAUUGCGUCCUUUGAGUCGACAGAGAUGACAUCAUUACGCCAUCAGACCUCACAGAAGUCAGAGGAAAUGACAUCACAGAGGAAGUACUCAAACAGGGAGAAGCUGAGGAUGAUCUCUCAGCUGAUGAGGCAUGACGACCAAUCAGGAGCUGACUCACUGACUGAUAUGACAACUCUGCAGUCGUGACUUUUAGUGAUGUCAUUGUGACAUCACAAAGAUUGUGGAUCCAAAAUCAAAACAAACUGUUACAGAUGGUAACCAGUCUCUAUUUAAACACACAAAGAAGAAGAUGAUGAUUACAGGUUGUAAACAUCUCGCAGCAAUAAGGCGUCUUCCAGACAAAAGAAUAAUCGCAGGAAUGAUUUUUUAUGAAAAUGUGUUUAUGUGGAGCACAGGGGCCACCUAGAGGAUGGGUGGAGCUAUGACAGGUUCUGCUGUUUGAGGCCCCAGGUUCUUCCAUCUCCACUGCUUAUUCAACAUUAGUUAUAGACAUAUUCAUUUAUUUGUCCUGUGGAAGAGUGAGUUCUUAUUCUUUUCUGGCUCCCUCUUGUGGAGGCGCUCUAACACUACACAUCAGGACGGAAGGUGUGGUUGGCUCAGGGGCCUCCGGACAGGUCAGUGAAACCCUGCUGUCGUUUGCAGAAUUGUUUGAAUUUAAUUCAUUCUGGAACUUGAUUACAUGGUGUAAGUAUGAUGUCAUGAAAAUGAGCUGAUCUGAUUGGACAGUCUGUGCGCCAUCAGGAAGCGUUCGUUACGAUGUCGCGGUGAUUUAAACUCUAACAAAAAAAACUGAAGAAAAUAAACCAGCGUAAAAAUAUCAAAUAAUCAUGAUUCAUGUAUGACCAGACAAUGUUUGCGUUUCAGGGUAAAAAGCUGAAUGAGUUCAUCUUUUAUAAACCUGAAUAAACUGUGACUUUAAAUCCGUUCACGUUUCAGGAUCUGAACAUGAACGGAUUCGUUGUUGAAGUGAAAGUUGUAGAUUCACGAUGUCUUCCACUGAAAACAAACCGUCCCAUGUGAAAAGCACAAAACACAAACCAUUAUUUUAAAGUUUGAAGCUUCAGAAAAAAGCUGCUUCAU